AAACGGCGUUCGGUGUGAAUUCACGUUUAUUCCGCUUGGCACACUUGUUGCGUACGAAAGGGGUGAAGUUAAAUCAAAACAUUCCCCAUUCCGGUUGGCAAGUUACAUCACCAUCACCCGCAGGCGGAGAAUAUGUCGCCGCAGAGAUGUCUUGGUUCCGGAUGGCUCCUCCUGCUGCUCGCCCCGGGAUUAGGCCUUGCACCCACAUUCGGAUGGAUGGCCCACUUUCGACCAGCUGCGCUGAAGCUGCACAUGGAGCGGGGGGAUCGGGUGCAACUGACCCUGGAAAACCUGGCACCUGCCACGCUGCAGCAACCGGAGCGGUUCCAGUUUCGCGUGGAAAGUGCGGACACGGAUCUGGCCAGUAUUCCCGGCGAGAAUGCCACCAUUCCCCUCAGUCUCUUCAACACGGAAACUCGCGAUUGGACGGGCAACAUCUCGGUGAAUGCCCACUUCCUGGGCCAGACCAAAAUCCAAGUGAGUUUGUACGACGCCCAGUUGAACACCAGUCAGCUGCCCACCCAUUGGAGCAACGAUAGCACGCUGGAGGUGAAGAUCCUGCGUCCGAAUCGAGUGGUGGAUCACGUCUUCCUCGGCUCCAUCAUACUGCUGAUGUCGCUGCUGUACAUCAAUUUUGGAGCCGCCCUCAAUCUGGACGUGCUGCGGGGUCUGAUCAUCCGACCUACCGGUCCCUGCAUCGGAUUCGUGAUGCAGGUGGUGGGCAUGCCCCUGCUGAGCUACGCCCUGGGGGUGUUCAUCUUCCCCCAGGCACCGGCCAUGCAGCUGGGUCUCUUCUUCACCGGCAUCUCGCCCAGCGGCGGGGCAUCGAACACCUGGAGCGCCGUGCUGGGCGGCAAUAUACACCUGUCCGUGCUGAUGACCACGGUCUGCAAUGUGGCCGCCUUCGCCACCAUGCCCCUGUGGGUCUUCACGCUUGGCCAGCUGAUCUUCGAGCGGGUGGGCAUGCAGGUGCCCUACCAGAAGAUCGCCACCUACUGCGGCUGCCUGAUUGUGCCGCUCCUGGUCGGACUGCUCAUCCAGAAGCGACUGCCCCGGGUCACCAGGCUGCUGGUCCGCCUGCUUAAGCCCAUCUCCGCCUGCCUCAUCCUGUUCAUCGUCGUCUUUGCCAUCAUCACCAACUACUAUCUGUUUUACUUGUUCUCCUGGCAGAUUGCCGUAGCGGGCAUGGCUCUGCCGGGCCUGGGCUACAUCUUCGCCUGGCUGGCAGCCAAGUUGCUGCAUCAGAAUGCCGCCGACGCCUUGACCAUCGCCAUUGAGACGGGCAUCCAGAAUACGGGCAUCGCCAUCUUCCUGCUGACGACCACGCUGGAAUCGCCGGAGGCGGACCUCACCACGGUGGUGCCGGUAUCGGUGGCCGUGAUGACGCCGUUCCCACUGCUGGGAAUCUAUCUUUACAAACGAUGCUGUGCACCCAAAACGCAGGAAGCCACCGCUUCCGAAGCGGAGCGGAUUGUUUAAGCACUGAGAUGCUAAGCUUUACAUAUUAUUGAUAGCUGUUGUACUACUUUCAUUGUUAUAGUAUUUGUACACAUUGGUUUUUUGAUAACUUAUACAUCGUGUAGUUUGUAGACAAGGCUGAGAUGCAGUUAAGCGAGAUUGGGGGCCAACAAAUGCAAUAAAUCUCAACCACAUUAUAUUCCAGAAUUUUGUACACCUAAGUCAUUUGUAAUCAUUUUACAAUAAAGUGAUAUUUAUACCUGUAUGCGAA